AGCGGGGCCGAAGCCCGGCUCUAGUGACUCAAGAUGGCGGACGAGAGUGAGACAGCAGUGAAGCCGCCGGCACCUUCGCUGCCGCAGAUGAUGGAAGGGAACGGAAACGGCCAUGAGCACUGCAGCGAUUGCGAGAACGAGGAAGAUAACAGCUACAACCGGGGUGGUUUGAAUCUAGCCAAUGACACUGGAGCCAAAAAGAAGAAAAAGAAACAAAAAAAGAAGAAAGAAAAAAGCAACGAGACAGAUUCAGCCCAAGAUCAGCCUAUGAAGAUGAACUCCUUGCCAGCAGAGAGGAUCCAGGAAAUACAGAAGGCCAUUGAGCUGUUCUCAGUGGGUCAGGGACCUGCCAAAACUAUGGAGGAGGCUAGCAAGCGAAGCUACCAGUUUUGGGAUACGCAGCCUGUCCCCAAACUAGGCGAAGUGGUGAACACCCAUGGUCCUGUGGAACCCGACAAAGAUAACAUCCGGCAGGAGCCCUAUACUCUACCCCAGGGCUUCACCUGGGAUGCCUUGGACCUGGGGGACCGUGGUGUGCUGAAGGAACUGUACACUCUCCUAAAUGAGAACUACGUGGAAGAUGAUGACAACAUGUUCCGAUUUGAUUAUUCCCCAGAAUUUCUUUUGUGGGCUCUCCGGCCACCCGGCUGGCUCCCGCAAUGGCACUGUGGGGUUCGAGUGGUCUCAAGUCGGAAACUGGUUGGGUUUAUUAGUGCCAUCCCAGCGAAAAUCCAUGUCUAUGACACAGAAAAGAAGAUGGUAGAAAUUAACUUCUUAUGUGUACAUAAGAAGCUGCGGUCUAAGAGGGUGGCUCCAGUCCUGAUCCGAGAGAUAACCAGGCGGGUUCACCUGGAGGGCAUUUUCCAAGCUGUUUACACUGCCGGUGUGGUACUACCAAAGCCUGUUGGUACCUGCAGGUACUGGCAUCGGUCCCUAAACCCACGGAAGCUGAUUGAAGUGAAGUUUUCCCAUCUGAGCAGAAAUAUGACCAUGCAGCGUACCAUGAAGCUCUACCGACUGCCAGAGACUCCCAAGACAGCUGGACUACGACCAAUGGAAAAAAAGGACAUUCCAGUAGUGCACCAGCUCCUCACCAGGUACUUGAAGCAGUUUCACCUCACGCCAGUCAUGAACCAGGAGGAGGUGGAGCACUGGUUCUACCCCCAGGAGAAUAUCAUUGACACUUUCGUGGUGGAGAAUGCAAAUGGAGAGGUAACGGAUUUCCUGAGCUUUUAUACGCUUCCCUCCACCAUCAUGAACCAUCCAACCCACAAGAGUCUAAAAGCUGCUUAUUCUUUCUACAACGUGCACACCCAGACCCCUCUUCUAGACCUCAUGAGUGACGCCCUUGUUCUCGCCAAAAUGAAAGGGUUUGACGUGUUUAAUGCACUGGAUCUCAUGGAGAACAAAACUUUCCUGGAGAAGCUCAAGUUCGGCAUAGGGGAUGGCAACUUGCAGUAUUACCUUUACAAUUGGAAGUGCCCCAGCAUGGGGGCAGAGAAGGUUGGGCUGGUGCUACAAUAACCAGUCACCAGUGAGAUUCUGGAUAAAGCCACUGAGAAUUCCAACCAGGAAAUGGAACCCCACAAAUUGGUCCGAUUUUCACAAAUGUGAGAAUCCCUGGCAAAGGGAGCAGAGCUGAAUCGGCUUUACGAAACCGCCAGCAAACUUGAUAAUUGUAUUGCAAUGGCGUGGGCUGUGUGAUGUCAUCUUUGGCCGUGUCUCUGGUCUCCCUGUUUUCCAGUUAAUCACAUCUUCAUGCAGCCAUGAUCAAGGGAAUGUAACUGCUGAAAACUAGCUCGUGAUUGCAUAUUAUGGAGUUAACGGGUGAAUAAUAAAAGUAUAUAUAUAUUAUAUAUAUAAAUAUUUUAACUAUCUUUCAUGUUCAAAUGUACAAGGAUGUUUGCUCUCUAAUGGAAAGCUGAAUCCAGAUCAUUCCUCAAAAUUAGGACCCAAGGACAGUGGCAGACUGACAUAUUGGUACAAUUAAUUGUUUCCUCCAAAAGGAGGCAUUGACUUUUCUUGGGGUAGCAGGAGAAAGCUUUGAGGGGGGCUUAUCCAGGUUCCUUUCUGAAUUGGCUGGAGUGAUUGUCUUUGAGAGGGAGGGGAAGGUGGAACAGGUUCAGAUCUCACAGAAUGGCAGGUGAAGCUCUUGGGUGAGGCUGACCCCUACAGGGACCAGGCCUUAGUGCAUUUUGGAAUAGCAAAGGGGACAGAUCUGUUGAAGCAGAUUUCAUUGAUCGAGUCCCUUCUAUCUCUUUGGCCUGCAGGAUGUUAUCCUGCCAACUGACUUAAAAGGGCUCUUUAGCCAGCUGUUGCCAACCCUAAGGGAUGAGUCCCUGUGUGAUUUUUGCUUUUCCACUGCCUGGGGUGGCUGCAGUGUGAAGGGGCCCUUGCUUCUCCUUGUAGCAUCUGGGACCUGCAAAGACCACAUCAGUGUAGGCCCUGCUUAGCUCAUCUUAGAGCAAAGAGCCAGGACCUGGGUGUCCCAGGGUGGCUGAGCAGAGAUGGCACGAGGCCAGUACCCAGACCCUCUCAGUCACCUGGCCUGUGCCUUCCAAUCCGUCAGCUGUUUCUUGUGCUCCUUUCCAAGACAUAGCUUGCAAGUGGCCACAAGAAAUGGUGAUUAGAGGCAGAUCUGGACUCGGCAACAGAAAUGGCUUCACAUUGCCGUUGUCUGAGUCUGAUUCUCACUGAUGCCUAUUUUCUGGAUCUUUGUGGUGGUAGUGAUGGUAUCAGUGCUUCCAGCUUCCCAAAAAGUAAUCAAGCCUCUAGUCACAUGGCUGUCCAGGUAUUCUUAAAUUCAGCCAAGUGGCCUGGGGAGGACCAGGCUGUGGAAUUGUCAGCAACCUGUAUGAAGGGUUGUAUGUAGCUUUUGCUCUGGGAGGAAGUAAAUGGGUGGGUAGUGUGAUGUGUGGUGUGGGGAGUUUUCUUGCUCUCAGCUUGUACAGGAAUAAAGGCUUAGCCAGGAGGCCAGGCUCAACCUUAUCACACUAACUGAAGCCACAGUCUACAGGCCAACAGGGGCUUGUUUCAGGCUGUGGGUUUGGGUGUGGUUUGCUAUAGAGUAGAGGUUAAUUCUACAGAGUCCCCAAAGCUGGAGGAAAUUGGGUGCUUGGGAUGGGGCCUGUAUUUCCCACCAGUGGGAAAGCUGUCCACUCUCUGCAGACUUGUUAGAGCCAUCAAUUCUACUGAGGUGUGUUGUUAUCAGGCUUCUAGGGGCCUCCCUUCUCCUAGUUGUUCCUGUGCUGCAAACUGCAGGCUCUAGCCCUGAUGGCUGUCCAUUGACUCCUUGACUCCAAGAUAUCCCGACCAAAGAAGCUGCUGUUCUUAGCAAGAUGUACACUGCAUUCCGCAGACCAGAGGAGUCGGAGAGGCAGGGGCUUGCACUUACAGCCUCACUAACAACAGGCACACAGGCAAAUGGCACCCCAAGUCUUUCCUACCAUUGGGGUGACCUGGAACUUGGAAAGGCUGCCUGUCCUAGUCUUGAUCAUUUCUGGGCCAGAUUCCUGCUUGAGCUGCGUCUUGAGAUUUGGGCUGCACAGAUCUCUGAAGCAAGAUUUGCUUUUGGUUGACCCAGGUCAUAGAAUGGAAACAGUGAGGCCCUGGUGGCUGCUCUGGAAGAAACAGAUCUCCUGGCAAAGACCCUGGCAUCUCCAUUGCCAAAACCAGGUGGCCUGCUCCUUGGACUCUGCUGUUAUCUCACGGUGGGGACCCUGCCUGGAUCUGUAGGAAUUGGCUUGAGGGUAUACUGUUAGUCUUGUUUUUGACCAAACGGCCCCUGGGUUCUUCACUCAACCCCUUCUCAGACUUCAGGUCAGAAAGUACCAUUGUGGGCUCCAUGGCCUCCCCAUAGAAGCUGUGUGGUAUGGUGGCACCAUGGCUGGCUUGAACCAAACAAGGCAAGGACCCCAGAGCCUCUGAGCUGACCUGCCUCAAGCAGCUGCUAUUGGAAGACCUCCCAGGCCUGGCCCCCACCCUGCACUACCCCUCUUGGCUGCUGUGUUUUGAAGAUAACCUUAACCUCCUGCCUUUGAAUUGACGCUGCAUUUUCCUGCAAACUCCAUGCUUUGUGUAGGGAGAGACCUAUGUGGAAAGGAGGCCUCAGCUCCCUACUAGGGCCUACACAGGGCUCCGUCUUCCCACACAUGCCUGUUUCCGAAGAGGCUGAUGUCUUGUUUGAAGGCUGGCCUACAUCAAGCUACUUUAAUACCAAGGUUCGUGGAAAGCUUCAGGCCCUUCUAAUUGCCACUGACCCUCAUACUUGCUGGCUCUCUAAAGUCUAGAGGUGGAUGUCCCUGUGGUCUUGAAUUCUUUCCCCAAAUAUGACCAGCAUUUAACUAACCUAAGGACCUAAAGGCCUUGGACAGCUGCAUGGCACUACAGUCUAGGAGAGAGAAGGGCCAUAUGGUCAGUGGAGAGAGGGGCAAGUCUCUGGUCGGUGCCUACCCACCUGUGGGCAGCCUUGCUAUGGUCUGGCCACAGAACCAGAGGAAGCCCAAGACAUCACUUUUCCCCUGCUGCAAAAUAAAGGCAGGCCCACCAGCAGACUACUCCUAGGGAGGCUGUUCAGGACAAUUUCAUUCAAUUAAAUUCCAAAAUACUGACUGACAGGCAGGUGCCUCGUCUGGGAACAGGGAGGGGAAGCUUCACCUUUUUGUCUUGCCUUUUCUUUGGGCUGUAUGUGUGGGGGGGUAUUCAUUUCCAGGGUGGGGGAGGAAAUACCAAAUGCAUUGUUGUUCUGCUCAAUACAUCUCACUUAUUUCUAAUAAAGGAAGCAGCUGAACAAA